GCGCUCGCUCGUUGGAGACAUGUGUCCGAUCAAAUCUACAAAUGCUCGUGAUCAGAGAGCAUGCUCACGCAUAGCUUGUACACAGGCUCGUAGUUCCAUCGCACAGGCAAAGAAGUUCGUUAUGUGUUAUCGGGCGCACGACUUGCCCUGCAGAAACGUAUCGGCGUCACAGGAACUGCUAAGACGGCGUGCACCGCGGUUGUUGUUCGACCACGUGCAGUGCUGUUGAGUGUGUUUUAUAUAACACGCUCUGAUCUCGAGUCGACCACUUAGGUGGCCUCGUCAAGGAGAACAACUUUGGUGUUGCGAAUCACAGCACUGUCCAAUCCUUCUGGGGAGCAGGGAGUGAAGCCCUUUAUUUCCCGAACAGGUCUCCAAACUAUCCAGCAGACACUGAACGAAGUCCAGAAUGUUGGCAUGGCGGGACGUCACUUUGAGUUCUUCUUGCUUUACAUCUUGCGCGGCCUUGUUCACACCAAGGACGAUGUUAGCCAGAUCGUGCCACUAUGCAAGGUAUGCUCUUGUGAUAUGCACGGAUCACAGGGUGCUUGGGAAGUCCGCGAUAUUCAGUGCCGUGAUCGGACUCGAGUCGAGUUGUUGCCGUAUGAGCGGCAAAUUGCUGUUGCUGUAACAGGGCCUUCUCAGGUUAGAUCGGGACGAUGACAGGGAAUCGAUGAAACUAUACGGCACGGGGGCCGCGAAUUUCGAACGGCCUAUGGGCGCCAUUUCCAGCAAGAACGACACGACGACUGGUGCUCCCUCGCAAGGAGCACGUAGUGUUACAAUGUUUCGGCCUUCGGAUUCCGACAUUCGCCUCGCUGCUCCACACAAUUGCAACGCGACUCAUCGUGCAUUCCUGACAGCACCGCACAUAUUCAAACGAUCAAUCCAUCGUCUUUAGAUCUUGAGAACUGGACUUUGUCUGCGUUGCCGACGAAGCCACUUGAUUAGUGCUAGUUUCAUCACAGAGAGCGCGUUCCAUUUGCUUGUUCGCAUUCCACGGGCGGCAGACAGCCUGCGCGACGGGAGGCUCUCGCCGCCCUCACGCCGUAGACUCGCAAAAUCCGCACUGUCUCGCACAAAAAAUAUAUCGAUCAGAUAGAACAGAAGGCAGCGAUCGAUAUUUUCGACAGUGAGAAUAGAGUCCGGUUAUGUUUGGCGUUUGAUGGCCAUUGUGAGCGCCCU